CUAAAACUUGCACCCUGCUUCCAUCUUAUGCCCUAUGUAGGUUUAGAAAAGAAGGUGGCCAUUCUAGACAAGGUCCAGAACCUCCUCACCAACGGAGACAGCAAUGUUGCAGUGAGUAUCCAGGAACAAAGGCGCCAUGUAUAGUUACCCGAGCUGGCUGGUUAGAACCCGCGUCCUGCUAACACACUCCCUAAUCUGCUUUUUAUAGCGCAAAACGCUGGAAGGGCUCAUAACGGUACUGCCCGCCACCCUCGGCUCGUCGCAGGUCAUGGCAUGCCAGGCAGCGCUGACGUGUGUUCAGCCGAUAGCUGAUAUGGUGAGUCGCGACGGGUCACCGCCGCUAAGUAAGGCGAUGCUUGCACUUUCUCCUGCCGCCGCUGCUGGAUCGGCUUGGCGACGGGCGCAUGGCAGUGCGCGAGUACGCCUUGAGCACAUUGGUGCACAUGUGGAAAAGCACACAGGGGACCCGGCAAACAAUGUCGACAUCAGAGCCAGCACCGAGCCCGACAAAAAAGCCGAGCUCGCGGUACAGCAUGCUGACGAGCUCCAUCCCGAAGCUCAGUUCGCCGUUCAAGUCGCGUGGGCUGGGCAAGCCGCGCACAUCCAUGUCGCCGGGGUCGUCUCCUGGCGCAACCGCGUCGUGGAAUGCGGGGGUGGUGUUUGAGCGCGACAUAAAGGCACGUGGGUUUGCCCACAAGACGUGGCGAGUGCGGGAGAUGGCGCUGGAAUGGCUCAGCAGCUGCGCUUCCGAACACACAGAGUUCCCGGCAGCACACUAUAUCGCCAGCGCAUUCUCUCUGCUUGACGACAACCAGGAGGCCGUUAGAUUCGCUGCCCGCCGCGCCCUGAACACAAUAUACCACCAUCGGCCAGAGCUGCAGCAGGACAUUGUCAGCAAGGCCCAAGCAAUUUCAAGCCAGAAACCGACGCUACUCAUAAGCAUAACGGCACCUGAGGGAGAGCUUGCCGCACUACCUUCGUCGCCGUCGAUGGCUGGGCGCAGCGGGUCGCGCCAGGCAACCAGCGGAUUCGGCAUGCGUCCUGGGUCCCGAGUCACUGGAAUGCGGCCUGGAUCGCGCACAACGGGGAUUCCAAUCACGCAGUGAGCUGGGAAGCGCGGCACGGGGAAUCUCAAAUAUCGCUC